CCGCUGACAUUUAGCCAGGACACUGUCCUUUAUACUUAGCAUGAGUAAUACAAAGGAUAGGGACAGUCAGACUCUAUUGGGGAGACUAAGAUCAUCCCGCACUGCAUGGACAACCACCGCCUUUUCAAAGUGUCUCACACCCUUUCCGACAGAUCCUGGGAGACACUUGUCAGGAAAAACUACAACUGCAGGAAAGGAUGGUCAGAUAGACCUUGAUGAGAAUGGCAAGGCUGAUUCUUUGGGUGGACACACUGGCUUUAAGGAGGACGGAGAACCUCGUCGCACCAUGACUGAUGUUCAUGUUCUAGGCACCGCAACCAUGGCCAUUGGGCCACAUCUGUUUCCAGAAACCACUUUCUACAAGGUUGUCUAUCUAUCUGAACCUCGCAAAAAAGGGACUGCUACUGGCACUUCCAUCGAUUUCAAUGCACUGACUUCUCAUCUGUCUACUGGGACUACUGCACCAGAUCUGCCUGCCGUGCUAUGGCCUCCUGUACUCCACCCUUUGUCCACUUCCAGUGCUGCUACAAAGGCGUCUAAAGACCCUCACAAUGGCAGUUCGUCUUUAUCCAAGGAUAAUGCCAAAGCUUAUCCUGCAUCUGCAAAUACACCCAGUGAUGAUUUAGAACACUCUGAUCAAGAUGCUGAAAAAGAGACCAACGACCAGCAACAACAAAUGCUCAACUUUCAGCAUCUAUUUUAUCCUCAGUUAAUGAAUCCUGCGUUUUCCGCCAUGUCUGGACUAAACGGUGCUGGUUUAUUUCCUGGGAUUGCUCCUGUACCUGAUCCAGUCUCGGAUAUUGAUGAAAAUCAAGAUGAUCAAACUUUUGGGUCCAUAAAUAACAAAGAGGAGAGCAAAGAAGAGCAAAAAGACUCGCACAUACAUGCUGAUCAACCGGUGCAGCCUACUACCGUACAGACAUCUUCCAUUCUGCAUGAUACUGCUAACGAUAGAUCAACCACCAAAACAAAGGCUAGCAAACCCAAACUUUCCAAAUCUACACCUUUAGUUUCUUCGCAGCCUCAGCUUAGAAGAGGACGAUCAUCAGCACAGUCCACGUCAACUGCCAGUACCCAAUCAGUAGUAAAGUCUGAGUCAGUCAGUGUAUUGCCAGAAGCUUCACCAGAAAUUGCCGUGUCUUCUUGCCCUACUCGAAAACUUAGCAAGCAGGAUGAAGACGAUGUCAAUGCAGAUACUGACGACUAUAGUGACGAGUACAGCGAUUGUCAUGACAAGGCAGGUGGUAAUGAGACGGAUGACAAAGAAGACGCGGAUGUUGGCGUCGGUUUAAAUGAGCAGACCGAGCAGAAUGCCGAUAUGGAUGCAAGCAACAAUAUCGAAGAUGAUAUUGAUGCCAGAGAUAAAGCUUCUUUUACUGGCGAGUCAGGUACGAAUGGAGCACUUUCUUUUAUGGAUAUGUCCCAAUUGGCAUCUACUUCUGCUUCUGGAAGUUUUUUCCCCCAAUUUUUUCCUCCAACUAAUAUUGAGACUGCAGAUUCUUCAGGAUCACUUUCGUCACAACAGAAUAUUCUUGCUGCUGCCCAAGCAAUACAAUUCCAGCAUAUGAUGGCGCUUUUUGGAAUAGGCGGAGCUCCUGGCACACACGGACAAGGGGGUCAAGGAGUAUCAUCAUUAGGUAUGCCAAAUCUGCAACUUCAAAUGCUAAUGCAGAUGCAGCAGCAACAAGCACAAUCUUCACAACAACAGCAACCCUGCAACUUUUCUCCAUCAGCUUUUCCUUUUUAUCCUGGAAUCAACCCAUUUAAUUCAACUUUGCUUCAGCUUGCAUUAUUACAGCAGAAACAACAGGCUUUUGGACCUAAGCAGCGACGAUCCUUUCGUAAAUCUUAUGGAUCUGCUUUUGGCACUUAUCCCAACUCUAAACUAUACAAUCGACCCUAUAGAACAGUAUCUGCUACAUCAAUGCCAAAGGAUCCCAAAAGCGUCUACGAUGUGCUGUUUGAGUUUCGCGAAUCACCUGGCUUAAGAUGGGUCAUUCCAAAGAAUGCAAUCUAUCAAACUGACCAAACUGAGGCCCCUUAUACCAUCAAAGUAUGCUUCCAUUUGCCAUACAAACACCAAGGCAUUGUGCUGCGUGUUCUUGAUGCAAAUAUUGAUAUUUUGAAUGCCAUCAAGACUGUCCCUAAUGAAGCAAAGGUGUCUCGGAGAUUUAUGGUCAAAAAAAUGCAAGGCUUUUUCCAGUCAAGGGGAAAAGAGAAAAAGGCGACAAUCCAGUGUGUCAAGUUUGACGCCAACCAUCUUGAUAUCGGCGUUGAAUUUGCUAUUCCCUCCAGCACAAAUCGCAUGCAAUUACAGCAUGAGGGUUUUUUGCAGUCGACUGUGGAUGCUAGUUUGUUAAACUUGCUGGAAUCAACACGAAAUGUAUAUGCCAAGGAGACCAACGAUACUUAUUUAGAUACUGAAGAGGACAAAGUAGUAAUUCAAGAAAUGCUGACUGAUCAAAAUUUAGCUAUUAAGAAGCGGUCAGCUAUUGCAAUGGCUGCUGCUGCUGCUGCCUCUGCUCACGAUGAUGAUUUUGGUUUCUCUAAACCGUCUACUUUAGAAGCGCAUAAGCCUGGUUUGAAGUCUAAGCGCGCCAAAACAACUCAUCCAUUACCCAAAGCAUCUGUUAAAUCCACAAGUCGAAAAACGACAAGAUCUGGUGUUAAAUGCGUAUUGACUGAGCCGGAAAAUGCUUCAAAGUCGACGCCUCAAAUGAACCCUAAUGCUGCCAAAACAUCUAAACCUUCUAGAGGAUCAAAAACAGCCCAAAAUUCCUUUACCCCUGCUUCUUCUCGUGCAGCCCAGUCUGCUUCCAAAGGCUAUGUUGCGCCAGGGAGAUCAUCUCGACGUAGUAUAAUGGCUUCUGCACUUUCACGCCAAGCAAUAGAGUCCAAUAAAGUAGUUGAGCCCUUAUCUGACGAUACCGCUUCUCCGAGUUCUGGUGCCGAGGACGAGCUGGACGAUGGCAUUCAAAAGAAGCAAGAGAAUAAUUUCAACGUAAAUACUGCUCAUAUGGAGAUUGUCGAGGAUGAUGAUGACGAUGAUAUUAUUGACGGGUCAGAUUGCUGAUAUUUGUUUUGCAUACGUUGUAUUCUUUGACGCAUUUCUAUUUUAAUAUUUCUGUUAAAUACGAGAAUGAACCACUCUCAUGCC